AUGGCGGCGGCGGCGGCAGCCGUGGCGGGGGCGGGGCGCGGCGGUGGCGGCGGCGCAGAGCCCCGGCAGGAACGGAGCCGGGCCCGGGGCUGGGCGGGCGCCGAGCGCAGCGAAGGCCGGAGGAUGGAACCAGGUGAGGAGCUGGAGGAAGAGGACUCCCCAGGUGGUCGUGAAGAUGGCUUCACUGCUGAGCACCUGGCUGCAGAGGCCAUGGCAGCCGACAUGGACCCCUGGCUGGUGUUUGAUGCCCGCACGACGCCUGCCACAGAGCUGGAUGCCUGGUUGGCCAAGUACCCGCCAUCCCAAGUUACCCGCUACGGGGACCCUGGCUCACCCAACUCUGAGCCUGUGGGCUGGAUUGCAGCUUACGGGCAGGGCUACAUCCCCAACUCGGGUGAUGUGCAGGGCCUGCAGGCCGCCUGGGAAGCUCUGCAGACCAGCGGGCGGCCCAUAACGCCUGGUACCCUGCGCCAGCUGGCCAUCACCCACCAGGUGCUGUCUGGCAAAUGGCUAAUACACCUGGCACCUGGCUUCAAGCUGGACCACGCCUGGGCUGGCAUUGCUCGGGCCGUGGUCGAGGGCCGGCUGCAGGUGGCCAAGGUGAGCCCACGGGCCAAGGAGGGAGGGCGGCAGGUCAUCUGUGUUUAUACGGACGACUUCACGGACCGCUUGGGUGUUCUGGAGGCAGAUGCAGCCAUCCGUGCGGCAGGUGUGAAGUGCCUGCUUACCUACAAGCCUGACGUCUACACCUACCUGGGCAUCUACCGGGCCAACCGCUGGCACCUCUGCCCCACUCUCUAUGAGAGCCGUUUCCAGCUGGGGGGCAGUGCCCGUGGCUCCCGUGUGCUGGACCGUGCCAACAAUGUGGAACUGACCUAA